UGUGACUGUACUUUACAAAGUCGCGUCUUUAGGAACAAGUCAGUCUGACAUGAGACGGAUGGCUGAGGAGAUACAACCCAUCCAGGAGCAGAGCUCCUGGAUACUGAGUUGGCUUCCCUCCUGGUGCCCGACAUCCCCUUCUCAGCUGAAAGAGGCGGAGGAGAAAAUGCUGAAGACUGUGAAGAGUCCUUUCUCCAGGCAGCACGUCCGGAUAUCCAGCAGCAACUACCUGUGGACCCUCGCCUUUUCCAGCCAGCCGCAGCCCCCGGCCCGGGCCAGGACCCCUCUGGUUCUGCUGCACGGCUUCGGAGGAGGGGUCGGCCUCUGGGCCCAGAACCUGGACCGCCUCUCCGGCGGCCGUACGGUCUACGCCCUCGACCUGCUGGGCUUCGGCCGGAGCAGCCGCCCCCACUUCAGCACCAGCGCCGAGGGGGCCGAGGAGCAGUUCGUGGCGGCCCUGGAGGAGUGGAGGGAGAAGGUGGGGCUGGAGGCAAUGGUGCUGCUGGGACACAACCUCGGAGGAUACCUGGCUGCAGCGUACACGCUCAGACACCCACACAGGGUGGAGCGGCUGCUGCUGGUGGAGCCGUGGGGAUUUCCAGCUCGACCCGAAAACAAAAAUCACGCCUCCAUCCCAGUGUGGAUCAGAUUAAUGGGCGCCGUCAUGAGUCCCUUCAACCCUUUGGCAGGACUCAGGCUGGCCGGACCUUUGGGUCCAAUGCUGGUCCAGACCAUCCGGUCAGACUUCAAGCAGAAGUAUUCGUCUGUGUUUGACGACAACACUGUGUCCGACUACAUCUACCACCUGAACGCCCAGACGCCAAGCGGCGAGACGGCCUUCAGGAACAUGACCAUUCCCUACGGCUGGGCUCAGAGGCCCAUGCUGGAGAGGAUCGGCCUGGUCAGAGCGGACAUUCCCAUCUCCUUCAUCUACGGAUCGCGCUCCAGCAUUGACAGCGACUCCGGAUACGCGUUCAAGAAAAUCAGACCAGAUGUGGAAAUCAAAGUGAUCAGGGGAGCCGGUCAUUACGUGUUCGCCGACCAGCCGGAAGACUUCAACCAGACGGUCCUUCAGAUUCUGGACGGCGCGGAGACGGAUGGGAAAGACAAGGGAGUGAAGCAGUGAGAGGUCUCUCUCGCUCAGUGAAAACCGACCGAAGAGCACGAGGAUGAACCAAUCCGAAGCCAUUACACAACCACAGCAGUUUAACUGUAAGCCUCUUUAUCAUGCACUUUACUCUUAAGAGAGACCCAUCACUGACAGGCUUCCAAGGUCUGACUCUCCCCUAGGCUUGGGGGUCUUAUUAGCUGGUGCCAUGGGUCUCAGUAUUCAUGUAAAUACAUUUUGUAAAUAAAUCUGUAAUGCGGUCUAUGCAGUAUUUUUAAUCCCCCCCACCCCCCUGCCUCCUGCCUGUUAAGAAUAGGAGGGUUUCAGAUUAGCUUCUUAGAAACUAUUGAACAACCCUCCUCCAGGGGAAUGUGUGGUUUUGGAUACAGGUUACAGAAAACUGUACAGGGUGCUCCCUUUCUGACCCCUCUCGAAAUCUGUGAGCGAUAUGAGGGAGAAGUAAAUAGGGCAAAGGGCUUCGGUCCUUUUUCAGGAAACUCCUUCGCUUCUCCAGGAACUCUGCGGCCGCACGCGGCCAACAGAUGGCAGCACAGCGACAGCCUGCUGCCUCUCCUCUCCUCUCCUCUCUGUGUGGUAGAGCAGUGACUCCCAUACAAACUGCCCCUGCACAUGCAUAUUGAGUGGAGUGACCGACUCAAGAGACCUGGACAGUGAUGCUCUCAGAGCAGUACGACUCCGCUCAGUGCUAAGUCACAACCGCAGUGACAGAAUAGGGUCAGAGAUGUGUGCCGGACUAAAAAUAGGCCUUUUUCUUUUUUCGAAGAGGCAUCACCACGAGUCAAACAGCUCAGGAGAAUAUGUUAAUUUAGUGAAUGUCUUAGUCUGCAAAAAAAAAAAAAAAAAAAAUGUAAUGGGAAAACAAAUGUUUGAAGUGCACGUGUCCUUUUCUUUUGGAUUUUUUUUUCACUAAGAAAAAGUGAAUUUCACUG